AUGGCAGAUGAUGUUGAUGGAGCACUUGUGGUACCUAAACCUCUCCCUCUCAACUCACACUUUGCCCCCACAGCGUACACUACGCCAUCAUGUGUACGACUACCCGCCAUCACGGCUAACAACUAUGAGAUUAAGCCUGGAAAAACACUCAGACUUCGGCAGGAGAUUACCACUUUCCAACAAGCUGAGAAUGAACAGUUCUAUGAGGCUUGGGAGAGAUAUGGGGAUCUCAUUCGUAAGUGUCCGCACCAUGACAUACCUAAGUGGCAAUUAGUACAGAGUUUUUAUUCCGGGCUGCAUCCGCAGCAUCGUGUGAUGGUUGAUGCCUCAUGUGGAGGCUCUGUGAUGGUUAAGAAUGAAGAGGAUGCCUGGCAGUUAUUUGAAACUAUGAGCGAAGGGUCCCUGCAAAAUGUUUCUUUUGAGAAGAGAACUAAGUCAGUCAUUGCUGGUUCUGAUAUGCCACGAGGUAUGUAUGAGAUUAAACCAUCUCAUGAUCUCCAAUCUAAAGUAGAUGCACUGACUGAGAAAGUUGAACAGCUUCUCACCAAGGAAUUGGCCACCUCACAACCUCCACCUUAUCAGGAGGCAUGUUCUUUAUGUGCUAGUCCGGCCCAUUAUAUUGUUGACUGUCCUGCAGCACCACAAUUCCCUUUGUUUGUGCAAGAACAAGUUAAUGCUGCACAAGGGUAUGCCAAUGCGCAGGGUUUCUCCAAACCGGGUAAUGAUCCUUUUUCCACUACUUAUAACCAGGGAUGGAGCAAACAUCCCAAUUUCUCAUGGAAGACGGAACACCAGGGUAAUAGUUUCGCCCAGCAGCCUAGGCCAUUCAACACGCAGUUUAACCCUGCGGCCUAUCUCUCCCAGAAUCAGCAGCAAGCACAUCCCCAAUCCUCGCGGGAUCCAUCCUUUGAGGAAAAGGUGCUACAAGCGUUUGGUAGACUACAUGACACCCAACAGCAGGUGCGCACCAACACACAGUCCAUCGCAAGGUUAGAGACCCAAGUGGGUCAAAUAGCCAAUGCACUCAAUCGUAGGGAAGAAGGUAGGUUGCCCAGUCAGCCUGUCCAACCCCGUGGAGGACAGUUUGUGAUUCAUGACCCGCCUCCUGCUGAUGCUAAGGUAAUCAUGACUUUGCGCAAUAAGAGAGAGGUCGAAACCCGACCAGAGAAAACGAAAUCGAAGGAGCAUUUGGCUCCCUCCAACACCAGAUAA